AUGGUCACUACUAAUAAUAUCACUGAUAAUAACAAUCAAAACCAUCGAUUUUGUACUAAUUAUGUCUCAAAUGGUUACAAACUGAGCUAUACUUUCUAUAAGAUAGUCGACACCAAAUUAUCAGUAUCCGUACUGGUUAUUGGCGACCAUAUUUGGACAGUUGACUCAAAUUUCACUGUAAAACUAUUGCCGCCGUCGACAGUUCCCAACCAGUUAUCGGGCAAUAAAUAUCGGACGGCAUUCAGUUUGUAUCAAAAGUCCAAUGUUUUUAAUUACGGCUUUCUUCGGUCAGAUGAACCAAUUGUCGAUUGGUAUGAAUUUAACGAUAAAGACAGCUACGAUAGUAUGACACCGUCAUCGACAUCAUUGAACCAAUCGUCGACACCGAUGAACAUCACUACCGCUGAACAAAAGUUAUUGUUUAAUCCGUCAUUCAGUUUGCUAUUGUUUUGGACAACAGAGAUGUGCUUUUAUACGGUAAUGACCGCCGAUGACGGUUAUGUCGGCCGAACACAGUGUUGGGACUUUCGGAACAAAUCAUUGGCAAUAAAUAUUACCCAAAAAAUAGUCGACGAUUCAGACGAAUCGGUGCGUCCGAUGUUUACCAUUGGUAACCGACACCAGUAUCGGCCGAUACUUAUCGGUACACCAAUUGGUGGCCACUAUUUUACCGUAUUUUACAUUGUCAACCAUACAGUGGUACAGGUGUGUCGUACCGGUGAAGAUGACUAUAAAUUUCAGUGCAAGAGUCACAUCCAUACCUUAUUCAACUGUAGCUCAUAUAUGCCAUCGACUAAUAUGACAACUAUGGACACCAAUACUAAUACUACUACAUCUAACCUACCGUCCAAUGUAACGACCAGUUCAGACGAGCCGACGAUCGGCAAUAUAACAACGACAACCACCACUACCACCACUAAACUGACCACUCGGUCGCCGUCAACGACGAAGACGUCCAUCAAUUGGCCGCUGUUUGUCGUGCGAGCAAUUCUGGCCGCUGUUGUCGUCAUUGUUACCGUCUAUUUUGCAAUCGUUAUCAUUGAACUCGUGUGCGCUUUGGUAGCCAUCCUGAAGUCGACCGAUUAA